AUGGCUGAAGUUUUGGAGGCUCAAUCGUCUCAGGGUUCAGCUCCAUUCAUUCCUCCGGCAUCAGGAAGCUUUGUGUCGGGCGAAGAGAAGGCCGCGAUGAUUCAGAAGGUGAAACAAGAAGUGAAACGGCUAAUGGAGGAAGCCGUCACUAGAAAGUUCAUCCAUGAGGAUAGUUCGUCUGUCCGCAGUUUAUGUGCGGUUGUGGAUUCGUGUUUGGUUCACAAACUAAAGAAAGGAGUGUUGAGCUCUUUCAGUAUCGGAGGACUGUGGAAUUCACCAAAUAAUAAUCAAGGAAAAUCUGAAUGCUCGGCAAGUCUAAGCUUAGUUUCAAAGCUCUGCAAGCAGCUACCUGAUUCAGAAAUCAAGCAGCAACUCAGUGAUAUACUAGGCCAAGUUCAAGACAAACAGAAUGCUUACAAGAUCAUGAUGAAGAAUUCGAAUGGUCAGAAUGGAGCGGGAUCUGUUUCAUGGUCUAUCCAAGAGUUUCCGUCCGAGCGGGCUCUCAAAUUUCUGUGGAUGCGUUUGUCUCUCUUUUCUGGAAUUUUGGAUCGUGUAAUAGAUUUCAUCUGCAAAGAAUCCAGCAAAUACUACGACAAAGAAUCAUUCAUGUGUGAUCCAGUAGUUACAACUCUGCUGAUUUCGCUAAUGGUGGGACCUUGUUCGCUUGACUAUUCAAAAGCUAAAACUCCAGAUCAUCUUUGGACAGAUCCUCAUGCUGAAGAAUUAGUGUUGAAACACAGAAUACAUUCAGAUAUAGGCUACACAUCUUCCCAAUUUCCGAUGGACAGUUCGAGUCCAAAAGGCGGCAACUCGGACGCAAGACGCGCUCUCUUCUCAAGCAGCUUUAAAUCGCCCAAACCAGCGUUAACUAACAUUGAAACAGGUGGUCACAAGUUGGACGACACCAACAGCAGUCGCUCUCAGGUCUCUCCAGCUGCUGCACCUCAACUGAGCGUAGACAGCAUAUCUCCAAUCUCACUGGCCCACUCGCCGAAGGACUACGUCGACUCACUGCACCAGAACAACAAAGAGACACUCAUCUACGGCAAGAACAAUGUCAAAGUCCAACCUACGAGUGAGUUGGAACCGAUGUUGGGGUACCUGUCUCUGCACCAGUCUACUGCUUCGCCCACUAUAGUGGCGGCUGCGGUAGCCGCCAGAAAAGCGGGCAAGGACUUAAAUAACUCAGCCUACUCAACUUCAGCAGCAGCAGGAGUCAAACAGGUGUGCUGGCUACAGUUGCAGUGGACACCGAAUGAUGUCAUGAGUCCAGUGCCCGUUCAGAUAUCUGCGGCGACAAUUCAGUCGUCAGAAUAUUCUAGAAUAACUAAGGCUGCCAGUACAGAAUUGCCUCAUGUGAAUGGCGUGAAAAACAACCAAGAGCCGAACUUAACGAGAGAUGAAAAAGGAAAUCAUGCAUCGUCAUCGUCUACUGGGAAAGUCGCAAACGAGGGUUCAGUUUGGACAGGGUCCAACCACGGAAUAGACAGAGAUGCCCUGUGGAAGUAUGCCAUGAGUGUGGACAUGCGAGACAUUCUCUAUCUGCACUGCCAUCAAAUGUCGGCUUCUAAAAAGGAUUCGCGUCCUGUAACUUCGAAUUCGCACGAUUCGUCGCAAUUUCACACAGUUUCUUCAACUGUUACUGACCAAUCAAGCGACACAUGUGCGAAAAAUAGUGAUUUACACGAACUGUCAAGUUCAAAAGGCAGCAGUGUUUCGAAAAGGAGAAGCACAAGCGAAGUCGAAGAUGAUGAGGAUGGGGACGUUUUGGUUCUGGUUGGCCAUGACGGGGUGUCCCUACCCCCCAUCACCUUCCCCCCAUCUUCCCAGCCGGGGGGACAUUUGCUAUCCUUUUUGUCGUGUCUGGAGAACGCACUAUCACCUCAUGCGAUAUUAGAGCCGCCUCUUUGGCUGCAUCGAAGCAAGGGAAAGGUGUUUCCGCGUCUGUUUCACUCCAAUGACAAUGGAGGAUCUCUGAAUGAGAAUGGCCAAUCAGAUUGCAGCAUUGCAGAUAAAUCGAACCUAUCAGAAGAGCGAGAAAGGGAACUGAAUGUUGGUACAAUAACUGCUAAAUGCAAUGAGACCUCAUCUGGAACGUCUCCGAAGCGAAGGCCAUUUGAAAAGUACAUUCUGAGUGUAAGUCUGAGCAAUCCGAUUGGAGAAUUGGUCUCGUCUUCGAAACUGUUUGCCGAGUCAAUCGGCAAAAAUGAAAACAGUAGUGAACGAAAAUCGGAAAAGUUAGCGAAAAGUAGCUCGGAAGGCGACGCUGACGCAAAACUUAACGAAGCAAUGGCUGCCGCAGCAGCAGCUAAAGAAAAAAAAUUAGUGGAGAGCCGAGACUUCGUCUUCCGAAUAAUCCACCAGCACGGGAACUUCUCGCCUGUUAGUGUGUAUUCAGGGAGUGCUGCAAACGAGACUGCAUCCAGCAUGACUACGGCGGCAUCUUCAUCGGGCGGAGAGGCGCCACUAUUCGUGUCAUCCAUAAUCUCACACUUCAGUUUCAGCCACAGUGCGAUUAUGAGACAGAAAAACUUACUGCGAGAAGCAGCGAACAUGACUGUUGAAAAGGAGCCCAGGCCCAAAUUGCAACAUCAGCCAGUAGAUAUAGACUCAAAUGCAGUGACAGCUGUGAAUGAGGUUGGAAGCGAGAGUAAGAGGGGAUCAGAAGAAGGAGACUGCGUGGAUCUACUACUGAUCGAAGGCAUGUCUUUGAAUGACCCAAUGAUGAUGCUGCGAAAUGACAAGGAAAACAUUGAGAAAUUGUGUCUGUCAAUGAGACGACAAAUCAUGGCCAGAGCUUUCUACGGGUGGCUGACUUAUGUGCGUCAUCUGAAGACAGUGCGAGUACAUCUAUCUGGUCUGGUAUCAGCAGCCCCUUCAACCUCCACAUUUUCACAGACCAGUUCUGCUUCACAAAUCCACACCAACACAACAGAGAUGCAGAAACAGCCUGUCAGAGAGAGGAAAGUGUCAGAGUCGGAGGCUGCUCAGAAAAAGUGGCUACAUGACCUGGCAAUGUAUAAAGGAGGACUGACGGUGCAAAUGUGGAACGAAUGGGAUUCGGAGCAUAAGCUGGGGAGCAAUUGUGGUGAAAUCUUGAGGUAUGUCUACUAUGGGGGCAUGGAGCACACUUUGAGGUCCAUAGUAUGGCUGUACCUUCUGGGCCAUUAUCCUCUGGACGACUUGAAAGGCACCAAAGAGCAGCGCAGUUCAAUUGACUCAGCCACUGCAGAGAAAUACGCACAAGUGGUGACUGAGUGGCAAAUAGCUGAAGUAGAAUUCAAUGAUGCCAAAACCAAACCAACAACAGUCAGCAGUUGUAGCGGUUCAACCGCGGGUUCUACCUCACCCGAAGAGACGACCUUAGUCAACGACAUCAACAACCAGCAAACUGAGUUGGCGGAACACGCGAAGACUGAUUCCAAAUACGACUCACUAGAAAACAUCCCGGAAGAAGACGAGGAGCCGUCUCAGAGUUCGCCGGAGGAAGAUAGAGACGGCACUAAUAGCACUACAGAGGAACCCGAUUCAACAAAAGAGGGUCUAUGCAAUGACAGGAGUGAAGAGGAAGAGAAAACUGAUGAAAGCCAAUGCAAUGAAUAUACUGCUGAUGAUUCUACCAGUUACUCCAAUGGAGCUGCUGUAAAUCAGAAUCAUGACCCGGAAGUGUUGGCGGCACUGGGCUUGAACUUGCACCGGAUAGACAAGGACGUGGCGAGGUGUGACCGCAACAACGUCUACUUCGCCGAGAAACACAACCUCGACAAACUCAGACGCAUAAUGUGCAGUUACGUGUGGGAGAAUCUGGACGUGGGUUAUGUGCAGGGCAUGUGUGACAUUGUAGCUCCGCUUCUAGUCAUAUUCGACGACGAGAGCAAGACGUAUGCAGCCUUUUCACUGCUGAUGGUUCGCAUGCGAGAGAACUUCCCCCAGGGUAGGGCCAUGGACCAGCACUUCUCCAACAUGCGAGCACUGCUCCAGAUUCUCGACCCGCAGUUGUUUGAGCACAUGCAGCAGCACGGGGACUACACUCACUUCUACUUCUGUUACAGAUGGUUCCUCUUAGACUUCAAGAGGGAACUUAAGUACCAUCAGGUGUUUUGGCUGUGGGAGACUAUCUGGGCCGCCUCCCGUCUCGGUCCCCCGGGGGGCACUGAGCACUUCGUCCUGUUCGUGGCACUCGCCCUCCUCAAAAUGUAUCGCAAGAUCAUCAUCAACUACAAAAUGGAUUUCACAGAUAUCAUCAAGUUCUUCAACGAAAUGGCUGAAUGUCACAACGUGGAAGAUGUCCUCCUGAUUGCACGAGAUUUAGUCAUGCAGCUCCAUGCUAUGCUGGAAAACAAAUGAAAAUGGACAAAUUGAGAAAACAUAUUUACAUUGUGUCAAACAGAUUAUCUAUCCUAAGUUGAGAGUUCUAAAUUUUGUAUUUUGUCUGUAACUUUGAGAAUUGUUUAAAUAAGAAUGCGAAUAUUAUUACUUUUGAUUAGAAAUAAAUGUUUAGCUAAUAAUGUGGUGCAAUAUUACUAUUAUUUUACAUAGUUUAAAUGUCAAUAUUUCUCCCU